AUGACGUAUGCGUUCGAACGCGCCGUGACUUGCGCUCACUUCUUCAGUUGUCCAUUCCUCUCUUCCAACGAUAUUCACCGCCAGAUGCCCCAAGCUCAACAAAUUCAGGCUUUCGGUCCUCAAUAUGCGGGACCCGUCCUCCGUGCACCUUCACCUUCCAGCUCCAUUGAAUCGGCGGAUCAUCAAGACGAGACCUCUCUCUCUGACAGCGAGCUUAGUCCAUAUGACUUUGCUAUGAAAUGGGACAAGAAGAUACGUCUUAAUGAUCCCCGCCCAGAUGAAGAGGCAGCGAACAAAGAACCCUUACUCCUUCCGCGCCCGAAGACAGCUGCCGAGGAGAAACUGCUGCACGAAAGAGUGAUGAUCAACCUGCGUGAGCAGGUGCGAUUGCUAGAGGAUGAGUCGCUGUUCGAGCAGACUGUCCUGCGCGGGUCUAAGGUUGGGCUAGAGCAGCAGCCGUCGACCAACGACAUCGACGAGAUCAUGCACAGCCUCAUGAGUCCUUCCACAAGUAUCGGGUCAGCUGCUAUCAUUCAGCGGGCUGGUUCCUCUGGCACAGCGCUCAGCAUAGGCAAUGCGCGUACUCGCAGUCAGGACACAGCUGGAGGCAACGGCACGGAUUCGAGUGGUACGACUGUAGACAAGCGUCCGACGAAGGGCAAAGGGAAAGCCCGAUGA